GUUUUGGUUUGCUUUCAAUUUACAGAGGAAUGAGGUGACUCAACUGUGACUUACGUAGUGCAAGCAUAUUUUUCAUGAGUACUUAAUUUUCAAUGGGUUGAUAGCAUCAUCGGAAACAAAAUGAAGAUUCUUAUAAAGUUAAAACUAUCUAACUCUUCUGCCGUUUUUCUGUCGAAAUUUCUAUUCACCUUCUUGUUAAUAUUGAAUUCAUCUCAUGGGCUUGCUGAAACACAAUCGAAAAUUCUUCAAACAGACGAUGCGACGAAAAAUUCUCUGGCUGAAAUUUUUGGAAACAGCAGUACUGUCUCGAAUAGUACUCAUGUGGUAACUGCCAAUGAAACCAGUGUUACAAAUGAUACAUCAGUUGUGACUACAUCGACUACUCCUUCUCUGGAUGUUGUUUUACCUCAAAAAGGUUCAGCAGAAGAGGAACAUCACUCUAGUAUGGCCAUAUUUUUUGUAUUGAUUGUUAUGGCUCUGUGCAUUUUACUCAUUCACUGUUUGAUACAAACAAAUUUCCAGUACUUACCUGAAAGUGUAUCUGUUGUAUUUUUAGGAGCUUUAAUUGGAUUAAUUUUAAAGCUUAUUUCCAAUAGCAAUUUGGGGAAUUGGCAGAAAGAAGAAGCAUUUAAUCCUACAACUUUUUUCCUUGUUUUAUUACCACCAAUCAUGUAUGAAUCUGGUUAUAAUUUGCACAAAGGUAACUUCUUUCAAAACAUUGGAUCUAUUUUAGUCUUUGCUAUCUUUGGAACUGCAAUUUCAGCUUUUGUUAUUGGUGGAGGAGUGUAUCUUCUAGGAGUGGCUGAUGUUGCCUAUAAAUUAGAUUUUACUGAAAGCUUUGCAUUUGGAUCAUUAGUAUCAGCUGUAGAUCCUGUUGCAACCAUUGCAAUUUUCCAUGCUUUGGAUGUUGAACCUGUUUUAAACAUGUUGGUGUUUGGAGAAAGUAUACUAAAUGAUGCUGUUUCCAUUGUGUUAGCAACAACUGUGAUAGAGGCUGCUUCACCUGGUAUGGCAGGCAUGUCAGCAGGACAAGCUGUUCUUCAUGGCUUUGGAAGAUUUUUUCUGAUGUUUUUUGCAUCUGCAGCUAUAGGGGUUGUUUUUGCUUUAACUGCAGCUCUGUUAUUUAAAUAUGUUGAUCUUCGGAAGAACCCUUCUUUAGAAUUUGCUAUGAUUCUUGUGUUUACUUAUGCUCCCUAUGGAUUAGCAGAAGGUUUACACUUAUCAGGCAUUAUGUCCAUAUUAUUCAAUGGCAUUGUGAUGUCUCAUUACACUCACUUUAAUCUAUCACCUGUUACUCAAAUAACAAUGCAGCAAACUCUUAGAACCCUGGCCUUUUUUGCAGAAACUUGUGUAUUUGCAUACUUGGGUUUAGCUAUUUUCAGUUUUCGAUUGAUUAUCAAGCCAUCCUUAGUAAUUUGGAGCAUUGUAUUAUGCUUACUUGGACGAGCUCUUAACAUAUAUCCUUUGAGCUAUGUUGUAAACCAUUUCCGCGAGCACAAAAUAAAUAAGAAAAUGAUGUUCAUUAUGUGGUUCAGUGGUUUGAGAGGUGCUAUAUCAUAUGCCUUAGCUUUGCAUUUAGAAUUUGAAGAUGAGAAAAGACAUGUUAUUGUUACAACGACUCUGAUCAUUGUUUUGUUUACAACACUUGUACUUGGAGGAUCUACAAUGCCUUUGAUGAAGUUCUUGAAAGCUGGUAAGAAACCAAGAAGGAAGAGGAAGGGACAAAAUACUGAGAUUUCUCUGAGUAAAACGAAAGAAAUGGGUAAAACUAUUGAUGCUGAACAUUUGUCAGAAUUGACUGAAGAAGAGUAUGAAGUAAAUUUCAUGAAGAGCAACCUGAAAGGUUUUGUGAAAUUGGAUGUCAAAUAUUUGAUACCAUUUUUUACUAGAAGAUUUACACACCAGGAAGUAAAAGACUGCAAAAGUCAGAUGACAGAUUUGACAAAUCAGUGGUAUCAAGCAAUUCGAGGGCCAUCUGAAACUGAUUCUUCAGAUGAAGAGGUGGAUAUGUGACAAAGAAUUUCUUCUAAACGAACAAAAGAUGCCAAGUUCUGACAUACCAAUUUUUUAUAGAUCUGAACAUUAUAUGUUUGUAUAAAUAUAUACAAAUCAAAAGUUGGAUGUUAAAACAUCAUAAUGUCAAUGUAAAUAUUAAAUUUUUCAAUUUCUUGAAGACAUGUACCUCAUUCUUGUGUGAUCAAUGGAGCUUUCAUUUGAUAAUUAAAAAUGCGAAAAAAUAUAUUUAAAAACUGCUUAUUUUAAGAAUUAAUCUUCAGUUUAAUAUGUUUUAUUUAUUUAAAAUUAUUGCAUAUAAAUUAUGAAAUUGCAUUAUAUUUGAUCAUUGGAUGUAUAAAAAUUGCUCAUACAAUUUUGCAGCUUUUGUCCAAAUUCUGUAGUGAGAAGUCGAUUGUUUCGAUUAAUAUUACCUGUCUGUAUAUUUAUUAAGAAUCAAACUGUAGAUUUAAUUCUUAAUGUCUUGUCAAAUUAGUCUUUAGUAGUGAUUUGAUUGUUAGUGAUUUCAAAGGUUGUUUUUUUUUAUGUAACUGUAUAAAGAUUUAUUGUUUUUGAAACAUGUUCCUAUAUUAUAAGGAAUACGCUCAGAUACUUUAAGCAGUAUUUUAUUAUUUCAUGUUGAAAUGUUAGCUAUCUUUUCUUAAAAUGACUAUCUUUAUUUUUUGUGUUUCUGAGAAAUUCUCAAAUUUUUAAAUAUAGACAAAUAAUAAUCAUAUUUAAAAAUAUUUUUUAAAGACUUUUUUUUUUCUACAAAAAUUUCUUUGUUAGAUUAUUUUAUAUUUCUAUUUCAAUAAUGCUUGAUGAUCCAAUGUAAUUAAGUAAUGUUAUGUGUUCUUUGCAAUGACUAAUAUUUGUGUGUAGUUAUAUAAUAAUAGUUGCCAAGUUUUCUUGUUUUUAUAAUCUUUUAGUUUCUAUCUCAAAAUAAAAAAUAAAAAAAUAAAAAAAAAUAAAUCAAGCAAUUUGGAAUUAUUAAAAUUAAAUAAUAAAAAAAACAGUAUGGAAUGCUUUUCUUUUUCUUUUGUAGAUAUUAAUUUGGAAUGGGGAAAUUAUCUGUUUUAAUAAUUAUAAUAAAUUUUUUUAAAGUGCUACUCCUGCCAAAAUAAUGUACAUGUAUAUAAGAUUAAAUCUUUUGUAUGUAUAUAGGCAUCUUUAUUAUGAGGUCUUCAUAAGAAAUUGAUUAUUUUUAUUACCUUUGUCAAAAAUUUAGUAGCUAUUGAGCAGAUCUGACAUUUCAGUUAUACUUUGCAGAAUUAAUGUACGAAUUUUAAAGUACCUUCAGUUAUAUUUGAUCUCAUUUAGAAUGGAAUUUCUCUUGGUUAUCUUGACCUUUUUUUAAAAAUAUAAGCAUGAGAUGUAUUUUAAAACUUUUGACUGUUAUAAAAAUGCUAUUUCUUUAAUCUCAUUGCAUAUAGAUUCGUAUCUUAUUUUUUAAUUUCAUAGUUAAAAUUAUUUAGAAUUUGAUAGUAGGAAUUUGUCAUGGAGUUGUGCAUAUCGAACAAAGUUUGUUAUUGUUAGUAAGUAACUUUCCUCCUCUCCAUCCCGCCAUUCAGCCUAGCAUUAUAAAGAUUUUCGAUAGAAAAUAUAGGUUUCAUUAAAAUAGUUCUUUAUUUAAUCCUGAUAUAUCAUUGAAAAAAUAGAAAUUGGGUAAUCUUCUAAGCAAAUGUGUGUCAGUAUUUUCCUCUCUCCCUUGCAUUAGAAAUUAUUCUUAAAAAAAUGUUUAAAAUUUGAUUAUCAUAAUUAAAUUACUACUUCUUUAUCAUGAAGUUAACUUUUGCAGAUUAUUUAUUUGCUUAAAAAGUUUUCUUGCCAGAAUAUGUAUAGAUAAAUUUUUAAGAUGUCAAUAAGUAUAAAUGUGUACUAAAUUUGGUAUUAAAAUAUAUAUAAACUAAAAAAAAAAUGUUCUGUUUGUUGAACUAUAUAUAAAUGGAAUCUUUGAAUGUUUUGAAUAUAAAGUUGAAAUUUAUUUUGUGUGUUGUGAAACAUGUUUUAAAAAAAUCCUUGGGAUUUGUGUUUUGAAAUCUUGUUUUAUUUGAUUAUAUAAAUAUAUAUAUUUAAGAGAAAACUUUAUUCAAAAAUAAUUUUCCAUAUCUUUCAUUUAUUAUUUCAGUUUUUAAUUAUUUAUUUGUACCAUUUCUUUAUGACAUUGAUUUUCCUUUAUAUAAGUACUUUGUAUAGUUUUUUUUUUAAGUAUGUUCCGAAACACACUAUUUUACAAAAAUCUUUUCUUUAUAUAUAAAAUAUUAAUUUUAUAAAUUCAAAUUACACUUUAUUUUAAAAAAUCAAUUGGAUAUAAUUAUAACUUUUUUAAGAAAACAAAUUUUUUAAUGAUUGUUGCUUGAUUUACUGUUAGUCAAUCUGUAUAUGCAGAUUACCUAGUCAUUUUAAUUAAGUCAUGUUUGUUUUUAGCACCAUCUUCCCUACUUGUGUGAUGAUUUAAUAAUAUGAUAUAGAUGUAUGAAUUGAUGUUUUGUUCAUCAGAAUGGCUAUUGUUAUAAUAUUAAUCAAGAAAAUUGCUGCACUUUGGUACACCAUGUAAUUGACUUACAAUGGUGAAGUGUGAUAUUUAACCAAAUUUUUAUGAUGCAUGUUUUGAAUUUCAAUUAAAAAAAGCCAUUGUUUUACUAA